AUGUACCUUUAUUCCAUCAGGGUUUCUGUAAAUGAUUCACCUCUGGUGUAUAAAUACAGCUUAGAGUUUCCAUCGGGUCACUUCCACACAUCUGACCAUGAAGCAUCGCUGCUUUUCCUCUCAGAACCAACAUGUUUUAUAGUGAAUAACCGGAACUCUCCUCCACUCCAGCUGCCGGCGGCAGUUUUCCUCCUGGUUCCCAUCAUGAGCCGCUGCUCAGACCUCGUCCUCCCUCUGGACUGCAGCGACGUUCAAAGGCAGAAUACCAGCAGGCCCAGUGGCGUCUACACCAUCUAUCCCAUCGGCGCCACCUCUGCUGUCCUGGUGUUCUGUGAUAUGGACUCUCUUGGAGGAAAAUGGACUGUGUUCCAGAGAAGGAUGGACGGUUCAGUGAACUUCUAUCGGCCCUGGGAUCAGUACCGGAGCGGCUUUGGGAACGCCGUUGGGGAAUACUGGCUCGGUCUUGAGAGUCUCUUCCACCUCACUCAGAGGAAACGUUAUGAGCUUCUGGUGGACAUGGAGGACUUUGAAGGAAACAAGGUGUAUGCGCGUUACUCCAGCUUCUCCAUUGGUCCUGAGUCCGACGGCUACAGACUGCAUGUGUCUGGGUUUACGAACGGAGGUGCAGGAGACUCUCUGACGUAUCAUAGUGAACAGAAGUUCGUGACAUUCGACCUUCCGGAGGGAAACUGUGCCAGAGGGUACCAAGGAGCGUUCUGGUACAAAACGUGUCACUAUGCCAACCCUAACGGGGCCUAUCUGUGGGGCCCACACACCCAUUUUCGAGCUGUUGGAGUGGAAUGGUUUCACUGGAAAGGCUAUGAGUAUUCCCUGAAGGCCAUCAGCAUGAAGAUCCGCCCCCUUCAGUAAAUCUUUAUCUCUGGUUUAUUUCAGGUAGAGCUUUA